UUUUAGGUCAGGCCAGAGGGCGUCCCUCCCCCGGGCGGGAAGCAACACAGACAACGCAAUCACAGACUUUUCCUCGUUCUUUUUUUCCUCCAUUGACUUGUUAUUCCGGGUCACACAUGACUGUCUCCCCACCAUGACCCAUCAAUCGAGGCUGAGGUGAAUGAUGGAUUCCAACGAUGCUACAGCUUUUCUGACGUUACUGUGUCUUGCUGUUCAAUAAAAUGACCGCUCAACUGCGCGUCCCUCUCUGCAAGUCGGCUAUGGCCAUCCAGCAGGGAAGGAAAUAGAGGGAUGAAAGGAAACAGACUCGAACACGGAGUGGACGCGACCGUGAGGGAAGGAGGACAAGGACGACGACGGGUGGACGGCUCUGUUGGUUCAAAUUGUUGCAAAUCCCUGUGAGAAUAGUCUGAAUGUGUGUGUGUGUGUGUGUGUGUGUGUGUCUGUGUGUGUGUGUGUGAGAGAGAAAGAGCCAGGGCACCGAGUUGAGUGUUCUAUAUAAGCUGCCGACUUCUCCGCCACGAGUCAGUGUUCGGCCGACCAGCAAGGAGGGAGGAUUGCGGGUGCGCGGGGUAGCGGUCGCGCUGCCACGGCUCUGCUAGGGGUGACCUCUGCCAGGAAGUUUGGAUAAUUAAUCUACGUGUCUUGAGAGAAAACGUCAAACUUUUUUCCAACUUUUAUUUGAACUCAAACCAGAAAAUGCAGGAACUUCAGCCAAAGACUGAGAAAACAUUGUAGUAAUGAAAGAGGAGUGUGUGGGAGACUUAGGAGUGCAUCGCCCCGGCUGAGCAACGCAAAUCCCCGCCGCUCAUCACUCAGUCAAGAGCAGCUGCAGGUGAAAUGCGGGUAAACUGAAAACCAUCGGAGUAGAGGCUAUCAGUGGCUGCGUGACUGCUAAUGGACUGGUGGAGUUAAGCAUCCUCAGGUUCAAGGAGUCAGACAGGCGACUUCUUGCAAUGGUAGUUGAGGACCAUAGCUCGAGUCCCGUGUACAAUGCUGCCUCGUGAAGUCAAGAGGGUCAUCUAGUCUUCAAGGGCCACAUCACUGCUCGCCGCAGGAUGGGAUAAUGGGGAAAAGGAAAGCUCUCCCUGCCUCACUAGAUAUGUAGAUGUAGUAACACACUAGUACGUCCUGCUGAAGAUCCCUGAGGUGCAAUGUAAUGUACAGUGACUUCCCGCACGAGACGAGUAGUAGUGAUGCUUUGACCCGCUUCUCUCCUCCCUGCAUGGCGACUCCAACAAGGGCGAUGCACCACAUUGGUCUCAACGACACAACGACGACAUCUGGCGGCAGUGGAAAAACUAACACGCCCACAAAAAAAAGUAAAUAAAUAAAUAAACAAAUAAACAAGAAAAGACAAAACGAAACGCAGCAAAACAAACCAGGGCCUAAAAAAGAAGGAUGAGAAACUGCUGAGUGACGGUCGGUGAAACUUUCCCGACAGGACGAGAGAAAAAAUGUAAAAAAGAGCGGGAAUUUACAGCAUCCAGUGCAUUAAGUUUGCAAAAGAAAUGCAAGAAAAAUCCAAAUAAGAGUGUAACAGAGAAAAAUACCUUGACAACUACCAGGAAGAAAAAGGAGACGGAAAAGAAUUAAAUAAAAAAAUAAAAAAAACGAGGCCAAAAAGAACUCCCCAAAAGAAAGGGCACAUAACAAAACUGAAAAAGAAGCGUCACAGAAACGAGCGACAUUGAAACAAUUUUACCAGACAAUAAUACAAUUUGAGACUGUGCUUACGGACGAGGCAGUGACAGUGACUCACAGUGAGACGGGCUGGGAGGGAACAAAGGUGGACUAGUGAGCGAGCGAGCGAAUGAGUGAGUGGAUGCGUGGGUGAGUGCCAGGACGCGAUGAGUGAAGGGCCUCGAGGGUUGCUGUUUCCAGAGGUGAGCUGAGUGCCAACCUGACGCCCUACACACGGGUGGGUGCCUAAAGAUGGCUCUCUUCACGGAGCUGCUCGCCUGCGUCAUCCUCGUCUUCCCGUCCCUCCCGCACGCCUCCCUGCAGUCCGAUGUGGCCGUCAACCUGGGCUGGAACUGGGAGAUGUGGUGGACCUAUGAUGGUAUAUCAGGUCCUGAGUUUUGGGGUGUGAUCAACCCGGCGUGGGCGAUGUGCUCGGAGGGGCGGCGCCAGUCCCCGAUCAACCUGGACCCGCGCACCCUCCUGCAUGACCCUAACCUGACGCCUCUCUCCUUCGACAAGACACAGGUCCAGGGCAGCCUCGUCAACACAGGUCACAGUCUGGAGUGGAGAGUCAAGCCGUCGUCCGGGCCACGGGUCAAUCUGUCAGGAGGACCUCUCUCCUAUACCUACUCGGUCAGCCACCUGCGCCUUCACUUCGGCGAGCGGGACCUGCAGGGCUCGGAGCACACCAUUGCCAACUACGCCUUUCCCGCCGAGCUGCAGAUCUACGGCUACAACGCCCAGCUGUACCGCAACUUUACCCAGGCGGCCACUCAAGUCUACGGCGUGGUGGCUCUUGCUGUCUUCGUGCAGGUGGGAGAGACCUCUUCACCUGCGCUGGCCAGCCUUCUGCAGGGGCUUUCCACAGUCCACUUCGGCGGAUCGUCCUCUCCGACACACGAGCUACGGCUGAGCGACCUGCUGCCCACCACCGACCAAUAUCUCACCUACGACGGCUCCCUCACCGUCCCUGGUUGCUACGAGACGGUCACCUGGAUCAUCCCUAACAAGCCUCUCUACAUAGCCUUCACCCAGAUGCGCAGCUUACGCAGACUCAAGCAGGGGGCCUCACACUUCCGAAGAAACGCCCCUGUAGCGAACAACUUCAGGCCCCUGCAGUCCGCGCACCACCGCACCGUCCGUACAAAUAUCGACUUUUCAUCAGACCAACAGGGCAAGAAGUGUUCGGUAUCGGAGCCCAAGUUCCACUACAAAGCUAAUGACUGGCUACACUCCUGACCUUGAUCCAGCUGGGGCCGGCGUGGCGCGGCUCAUCCACCAUCCCUUGUUUAUAUGUAAAUAAGAAGUUGGCCUCCCGACGACAACAUACAUUGCCGGCAUGAAGUUUUCCAGACUAGCCCUUUUAGAGACCCUUACUUAAUGUAGCUUGCUCCUCUGCGUAGUUCAACAUACGACCCGUAGGUAAAGUUUUUUUGUAAUACAGCAUUGAAGAGUGUGUAAACUACAAAAUAGGAUAAAAAUAAUUCAUCUUUAUUGAAUGAC